UGCCCGGGAAUCUAGGGUGUUACAAGGACCAUGGAGAGCCACCUUUGACUGGCACCAGCGAGACCUCCAAUAAACUUACUAUCCAAACCUGCAUCAGUUCCUGCCGAAGUCAGCAAUUUAAGUUUGCAGGCAUGGAAUCUGGUUAUGCUUGUUUCUGUGGAAAUAAUCCUGACUAUUGGAGAUAUGGAGAGGCAGCCAGUACGGAAUGCAACAGUGUUUGCUUUGGAGACCAUACUCAGCCUUGCGGUGGGGAUGGCAGAGUCAUUCUUUUUGACACCCUUAUUGGUGCCUGUGGAGGGAAUUACACUUCUGCUACAGCUGUGAUCUAUUCCCCAGAUUUUCCUGACACAUACGGCACAGGCAAAGUCUGUUACUGGACUAUACAAGUUCCAGGAGCAUCUCGAAUCCACUUCAGCUUUGCCCUUUUUGAAAUCAAAGAUGCUACAGAUAUGGUGGAAUUGCUGGAUGGCUAUACCUAUCAUGUUCUAGCUCGUUUUAAUGGCAAGAAUCGGCCUCCUCACACCUUUAAUAUCUCUUUGGAUUUUGUAAUUUUGUACUUUUUCUCAGAUGAAAUCAAUCAAGCCCAGGGAUUUGCUAUCAGAUAUAGAGCUGUGAAGGACAAUGUGCAUCAAAACAAGAUUCCAACGAAUCAGACCAUGUCAGAGAAGAUAAAUGAACAAGCAAAUCUCAGCAUCAAUGCAGCCCGGUCAUCAAAGAUACUUUAUGUCAUCACAACCAGCCCAAGUCAUCCUAGUAGCUCCAUGCCUGAGUGGACAAUAUACAGUCUCACAGCACUGCUAAUCCUAAGUGUUACAGCCAUAAUAGCAAAGAUAUUUCUGCACAUAACCAUGAGAUCCCAUCAGAUAUCAUCUGCAACUGAAACAGAAGAUUCCAAUGAGGUUACUACUGGUGAGAUCUGGAGUAUAUUUUAUCAGCCAUCCACAUCAAUAUUUAUCUUCAAGAAAAAGCUUCGAAGUCAACAAGAUGAUUGCAACCCACUAGUGGGAAACUGA